GGCAAGGACCCAGAACUGAAUUGUUACAACACAGUAUGGAUGGACAUUCAGAGUUGGUACUUAAAAAUGGCGGCGAAUUUGAACUGGACUUGACUUGCUCCGGAAAUUUUCUAAAUAUUUUAGCAUACGAGAAAGUUUUGUUGAUUUUUAAAAGAAAUUUUGAUUCUAAACGCAAAUUAUUGGAAUUUUCACUUUACAGAAGCAAAUGUGAUCUAGAGAACGAAUAUUUUUCAUGCCGACUAGAAGUCAAAGGUGAAAAUAAUAGGCUGUCAAGUGAUUUUGAUUCAAGUCUUGAAAAAAACUACAAUGUGAGGGAAAUUAGUCUUGAGCCAAUAAUAUGUGUUACCAAUAUGGCUGUUGGGAAAUUAAUAAUCGGGGAAGCAACCCAAAAAUACACUCAACUUGAAGAAGAAAUGCUUUCACUUUUGAAAUGUAUAAACUGUUCGGAUUAUGCAAUUCCACCGAUUUAUUAUUGUGCGGAAAAGUCAAACGUAGUAUGUUCGGGGUGUAAGGAAAAUCACGGUUGUGACUCUUGUGAAAAAUCAGCUCCAAAUAGAAACAUUAGUCUAGAUGGAAUAGCAAGUUUACUAACGUAUCCUUGCAAAUACAAACGAAACGGUUGUACUUUUACUUCUAAAUCUGAGAAAAUCAGUGAGCAUCACUCCAUAUGUGAAAUGAGUGAUUCUCCAUGUCCUUUCGAAAAAACUAACUUACAAUGCUUAUGGAGGAGCACCAAAAAACAACUGCUCGAACACAUAGAAAAUAAACAUUCUGAAUAUUUAUAUGAAAAUAACACCUUGAUAUCAGAAAUUCCUGAAAAGGAAGUACACUAUCACAGGAUAAUAAGAUUUUCAACUUUUUGUUUUCGAUUAAAUUUUAAAAAAAUAGAGCAGUCUACUUAUUAUUUUACUGUCCAAGGGAUUGAUGAUUUUCGACAUCAAUACCAAUUUGAAAUUGAAAUUCAGAACCCUUUUAGGAAAGGUGUUAGAUUAGUAGCUAGAAAACUUUGCACCAAAAAUAUGACAGAUAUCUCACAUUUUUAUGUAAAUUCGGAUAACUAUUGCGUUUUUUAUAGUAUUGGUAAAUUUGAAGUGGAUAAUAAUCUGAGAUUUAAGGUAACUAUUUUCAAGUAACCUGCAUUUUUUUCGUUUAAAAAACGUUGUUUAACCAUACUAAAAUUGAUUUGUUCUCAUUUUGUUUCUUAUAUGAUUUAAUUAUAUAUAUUUUUCUUUCACAUAUGUUUUCUUCAAUAAUCCCAUAACAGCAGUAUAUUCCAUAAAAAAAAGGCAGCAUUUACUUGAACCAGACAAUGUAAUAUUACCUACAUGUACUAAAAUAUGGCAAGGUCUGUCAUUGUCUAAUUUGAUUGAAAUUAAGUGAACUUCGCAAAGGCAGAAUCUCAAAUUUUGACCCUUCGUAACUCGAGAACAGAAAGAAUCUGCACCAUAAUACACUGGCGGACACGGAAUUUUGAACGAUUUGUCAUUUGACAAAUGUAAAACYGACCUUAGGCAGCUAACCUCACUUUCGGUUUUUGUAAUUU